AAGUAGCUCGCCUAGAGCAGCGGAAGGGGACGCUAUUUUGCAGCCAGAACCGCUCUGUUAGUUCCCUGCCCGCCGAAAUGUCACUGGCAAACUGGCAAUUAACGGGAAAAAGCAAAGCUCGCCCAGCCAGCCCAAUUUCCACCGCAACGCGCACCGAGCGGCCAAAGCUAGAUGCAGCUAGCCCCCAAGCUUCCAUUUUUUUCUCGUUCGUGGCAUGGCCAGUAUUCAGCGCCAACCAGCCGACAGAAAGCUUGCGGCCUAUCACGCGCGCUCAUCGCAAGAGAAGAGCAAACCCAUCAUUUACCCCCUUUGGCCCCUUUAGCCCAAUGAUCAAGUGUUUUAGCCAUGGCGAGACAAAGAUUUCCGGCAGGCCAAUUCCCGUUUGACAUCCAAAGAGACCAGCCGAGCCGCGAUUGGUCCGUUAAACGACGGCCUUGUUCAUGUCUUUGUGCUUCUUUUUUGCUUUUUUGCCUUGUCGCCCACCCCGCAUUUUUUUCCGCCACGUUAGUCCUCAAACUAUUUGGCUUAGCUGCCUAUCGCGAGAGUCUGUGGCUUGCGUAGCCAAGGGAACAGGAAAAGAUGGUGGCUGUAAGUUGCGAGGGACAACCCAAAAACUGCUCAGAACCAUAUCGGGGGCAUUGCGGGAUCGGAACCGGGGCAAAACGAAUGCAGAGCUCAGUCGGGCCAUAUGCACAGUAAGCUGCCAACAACGGCGUUUUUGCUCUCUUGUCUUGUUCCUUGG